GCUGGUUCUCGAAUCGCUUGUUUCUCUUGAAACAGAAGUGGGAGUGCAAGCAGAGUGCAAGUACUAUGAAGGGUUCUCCAAGCAAGACUGAAGAGCUUAAAGAGAAAGGCAACCAGUGUCUUAAGGAAGAGAAGUAUGCCGAGGCCAUCUUGCACUACACACAUGCCAUCGCGAAUGAUCGUGAAAAUAGUGUUCUCUACAGCAAUCGUUCAAUGGCCUUUCUGAAAAUGGACCAGUUUUACUUGGCUUAUGAAGAUGCCAAAGAAACCAUCAGACUCAGCCCAGAAUGGCCCAAGGGUUACUACCGCAAGGCUGAAGUGGAGUUUAAGGCUGAGCACUAUGAAGAAGCAAUGGAGUCUUUCCGCAAAUCAUUGCAGUUUGGAGCCGAUGAACCCAAGGUGUUGGACCAGUUGAGGAAGGCAAAGCGAGAGUUGGAACGGCAGAUCAGAGUGGACAAUCAAAUUCCCUGGGUUGGAGCUGCAACAGGCUUUGUUCUGGGUGUGCUUCUUGUUGUCUUUGACGUUGGCAUCAGAGAACAACCCUUUCUUGUGAAUCCCCUUUGGAUGACACUUGUUGUAAUGGCAGCAUCAAUGGUCUGUUAUUUUCUCGCCCGCUUCCACAAAAACACACUGAAAAGCCAACGAAAAAGCCUGUUGGAACCGCCACUGGACAUAUUUGGAUUGAACGCUGAAAAGGAAGAGAAGAAGGCACCGAGUGGCUCUGGUGAUGUUCCACAAGAAGCGGCCAAGUCAAAAAAAAGCUGAGCAUUUGUGAUGAUCAGUGGGCCACAGAUGCCAAGGGUCAGACAUGUAAUGUCGCAUGCUGCUUUUCCUGAAAAUUCCAAGAGUGCGUCUUCCAUGCACACAAAAAAACAUUCCUAGUCACUUAAAAGUCCUCAAAACGGCAACAUGCAACAAAGGUGUUGGGAGUGCUUUGUUUUGUAAUGCUUUUUAUAUAGUUCAUUCCCUUUGAAGAUCUCUGUUCUUUUUUCUUUUUAAGUGCAUUUUGUAUCAUUUAAAAUGAAGUUAUUUUGGUGCUCCUUGUU